AAGGGUUGCACUGUAUCAUAAAAGAAAAAAAAUACCUAGGUAAAAUACAGCAUGCAGAAGCACUUUUCCAGCUCCUCCCAUUGCUGCACGUAAGUGACACAGUUAUAGUUAACUUUGGAUUAUCAAUCACUGUGAAACAGAAUGGGAAGGUUGUACAUUUGAACAGCUUUUUCACUGCUUUUGCAUUCAAUGAUGCGGCUCUCAGAACCAGUACUGGACAUGGAAAUGGCAAACUACAGUGAAGUUUUAGAUCCGACUUAUACAGCACUGGAGUUCGAAACUAUGCAGAUUCUGUAUAAUGGCAAUGACAGUUCAGGAGAAGCUGUCAACAUGAAUGCUGCUGACAACGGGGUCAGUAGUCUCUGUGCAAUAUGUGGAGACCGAGCGACCGGAAAACAUUAUGGUGCUUCCAGCUGUGAUGGAUGCAAGGGAUUUUUUAGACGUAGCAUAAGGAAGAACCACGUCUAUUCAUGCAGAUUCAGCCGACAAUGUAUUGUUGACAAGGACAAAAGGAAUCAAUGCAGAUAUUGUCGUUUAAAAAAGUGUUUUCGAGCAGGAAUGAAAAAGGAAGCUGUACAAAAUGAACGGGACAGGAUAAGUACAAGAAGAAACACUUUUGAUGGCUGCAGCAGUCCCUCUAUUAGCACAUUGUCACAAGCUGAGACACUCUCCCGCCAGAUCUCAAUCUCAAGUCCUGGUGCUAGCACUGAUGUAAAUGUUAAGAAAAUUGCUGGUAUUAGUGAUGUCUGUGAAUCUAUGAAGCAACAACUUUUAGUCCUGGUGGAAUGGGCUAAAUAUAUUCCAGGCUUCUGUGAACUACCACUUGAUGACCAGGUUGCCCUUCUAAGAGCACAUGCUGGGGAGCACCUGUUGCUUGGAGCAGCAAAAAGGUCCAUGCCAUAUAAGGACAUUUUACUUCUAGGCAACAAUUACAUAAUUCAUCGCAACAGCACUGAAAUAGAGAUCUGCCGAGUGGCAAAUCGGAUUCUGGAUGAAUUAGUUCGCCCCUUCCAGGAAAUUCAGAUAGAUGACAAUGAAUAUGCUUGCUUGAAAGCAAUUGUGUUUUUUGAUCCAGAUGCAAAAGGCUUGAGUAAUCCACUGAAAAUUAAGAAUAUGCGAUUCCAAGUCCAAAUCAGUUUAGAGGAUUAUAUUAAUGACCGUCAGUAUGACUCCAGAGGAAGAUUUGGAGAACUUCUUCUUCUACUGCCUACACUCCAGAGCAUCACUUGGCAAAUGAUUGAACAGAUACAAUUGGUGAAAUUAUUUGGAAUUGUUAAAAUUGACAGUUUGCUUCAGGAAAUGUUACUGGGAGGUACUUCUAAUGAUGCCAGUCAUCUGCAUCAUCCAAUGCAUCCUCACUUAGCCCAAGAUCCAUUAACUGGCCAGACUGUCCUCAUAGGUUCAAUGUCUGCUCCUGUACACACAGAACAGAUACCAACUCCAGAAACUCCAUUGCCUUCCCCUCCACAAGGCUCUGGGCAAGAAUACAAAAUGUCUUCAAAUCAGGCUUCAGUCAUUGCACAGCAAUCUAUUUUGAAACAAAAACCAUUGUGAUACUAUUUUUAUCUCUGUCUCUGUCUUAUCCUUCCUUCCCUUCCUUUUCAUGCACUAGAAAGAUUAGUAGAACACUUGCACAUUUAAAAUCUCAGGUUGAUAAAGGGAAAUUAUUUCCUCAGCAGCCACUACUAAGUGGGUGUUCCUUAAAACACCUCAUGAUUUGGAAAGUAAUGCUGUUCUGACUACUGCAUACAACUGUAACUGUGGACACUGCAGUCUGACAAAUAUGUAUAGAGGUAGAUAUUAUUUUUUAGAUCUUAUAAGUGCACAGAUUCGUGUUUUUAUUUUCUGUUUUAGUUGUUGUCUUAAUAUUAUUGUUUUAGAUGUGUAUAUAAUUUUUUUCAUCAUAAUGGAACUGGUUAGUGCUUGUUUAGCUGUGAAUUGUAGACAUGAAAAGGUGGGUUAUUCAAGCAAAAGCCAAGAUUACACUAAUAGUAGAACAUUAGGCUACCAAAAAAGCACAUUAAUAGAAAAAAAAA